AUGAAGUUCUCCAUCUUCGCUACUCUCGCCUUCCUCGGCCUUGCUCUUGCCUCUCCCGCCGCGAAUUCCGCGAGCAACACUGCUACUCUUCCCUCUGGCGCAACCUGCAACAAGGACGGAAGCAUGGGCAACUGCCAAAGUGGACUCUGCGUUCAAGAGGAGAACGCCAGCACUGGAACUUGCCAGUAA